AUGUUUAAGCCAUCCCAUAGGGAAACAUUGAUCAAUGACCUUCAUGGUAUAUUUUCUAAUGGAGAAGAAAAAUUUAGUCUACUUGAAAGGAUUUCGUUUGUUGACGUUCUACAACGUUUGGGAGGCGAUCGAUAUUUUCAAGAGGAAAUCAAACUGGCACUUGACUAUAUCCACAAGUAUUGGAAUCAUAAUAUUAUUGGCGAUCUCAACAUGACAGCUCUAGGAUUUCGGAUAUUACGAUUGAAUAGAUAUGAUGUUUUUUCAGAUGUAUUUAAAAAAUCCAAAGGUAAAGAAGAACAAUUCUUUGGCUUUGGAUCUAGCCAUGAGGAUGAAAAAUUAGCAAGUAUGUUGAAUUUAUUCAAAGCUUCAGAGCUAGAUUUUCCCGAUGAAAAAAUCUUAAAAGAAGCUAGAGUUUUUGCAACGACAUACCUACAACAAGCCAUGAAGGAAACUGGUGACAUAAAAGAAAUGAAAAAUUCGCUUCCAAUGGAGAUUGAGUACGCUUUGAAAUAUCCUUGGAGAACUAGGGUUCCGAGAUGGGAAGCUUGGAACUUUAUUCAAAUAUUCAAACAACAAAAUUGCAAUGCGUCAUUUGUUAAUAACAUUUAUAAGAUUCCAAACACGUAUAGCCAAAAGCUAUUGGGAUUGGCAAUAUUGGACUUCAAUAUUUUACAAGCUCAACAUCAAUCAGAAAUGAAAUUAAUAUCCACGUGGUGGAAACAUUCAAGUGUAAUUGAGCUUGAUUUCUUUCGACAUCGCCACAUUGAAUUUUAUUUUUGGUGGGAUUGCUCAUUAUUUGAACCUGAGUUCAGUGCAAGUAGAAUUGGUUUUGCAAAAUUAGUUACUAGUCUUUCUGUCCUUGAUGAUAUUUAUGACACAUAUGGGACCAUUGAUGAUUUGAGACCAUUCACAACAACAUUAAUAAGAUGGGAUGCUUCCAUGAUUGAUAAUCUUCGAGAAUACAUGAAAAUUGCUUUCAAAUUUGUAUACACGAUACAUAAGGAAAUUGCAAGUGAAGCCAAAAGAAAGCAUGGUCCCUUUGUUCACAAAUACAUUCAAUCAUACUGGGAGAGUUAUAUCACAUCUUAUAUGCAAGAAGCGGAAUGGAUAGCUUCUAAUCAUACACCAGGUUUUGAUGAAUAUUUAAUGAAUGGAGAGAUAAGUGGUGGUCUAAUAGUUAUAAUGGUCAAUUCAUUAUUACUAAUGAAUGUUCCUUUAUCUGAUGAGAUUGUGGAGAAACUUGAUAUCCCAUCAUCAAAAUUGCAAGCUCUUGUGUCAUUGAUUGCACGAGUAGUGGAUGAUAUGAAAGAUUUUGAGGAUGAACAAACUCGUGGAGAGUCAGCUUCAAGCAUUGAGUGCUACAUGAAAGACAACCAUGGUUCUACAAGGGAAGAUGCUUUAAAUCAUAUCAUAAAUAUCAUUGAGAACUGUCUACAAGAGUCAAAUAAUGAGUUUCUUAAGCCUUCAAAUAUACCAGAUUAUUGUAGGAACCUAUAUUUCAAUGCUGGCAUGCGGGGUAUAUUUUUCUUGUACAAGGAUAUUGAUGGUAUUACAAAUUCCUACCAAAAAGAGAUACGAGAUGCAAUAACAAAAAUUCUCAUGGAACCAAUCAUUCCAUAG